AUGCCUCACUCUACAGAGUUUCGGAAGGCAUCCAUUCAAUUAGAUGUUGUGGUUGUCGGGGCAGGCCUUGCGGGUCUGGCUGCAGCGGUGUCAAUCUCCCUUUCUGGUCACCGGGUGACAGUAAUUGAGUCAGCCAAGGAACUCCUCGAGGUCGGCGCAGGGUUGCAAGUGACUCCCAAUUGCACUCGCAUCCUACAGAGGUGGGGGCUACCUGACAGACUAUGGCUCAGUGCCGCCGAGCCCAGCGCUCUGAUCGUGCACCGCUACUCCGGUAAGGUGCUUGCUAGAGAGGAAAGCUUUGAUAAGAAGAUCCGUAGCCAGUACGGUGCUCCGUUCAUCGAUCUACAUCGCGUUGAUUUGCAACUCUCGCUAUAUGAGAAAGCCAAAGAGCUAGGCGUUGAAUUCAAGCUUGGGGAGAAGGUUGUUAGUGUUGACUUCAACUUGCCCAGUGUGACAACCGAGUCUGGAUUCACAAUGAGGGGAGACCUUGUAGUCGCAGCAGACGGAUUAUGGUCGCGGUGCCGCUCGAAUCUUCUUGGAACUGACGAUAUGCCUCGACCGACUGGGGAUCUGGCGUAUCGAGUCGUGUUGGACCUGGAUCAGCUUGAUGACCCCGAGCUUAAGUCUUGGGUCAGCAACCCGACCGUGCACUUUUGGAUCGGACCUGGGGCACAUGCUGUGGGCUAUUCUUUGCGCGGUGGGACGAUGUAUAAUAUCGUUUUACUUGUCCCCGAUGAUCUUCCCCAUGGAGUCAGUCGACAGUCUGGAUCUGUCGAAGAAAUGCAGGCACUUUUCAAGGAUUGGGACCCCAUUCUUGGAAGAUUCCUGAGUGUGGUCGAUAAGGUUGACAAGUGGAAAUUGAUGCAUAUGGAGAUUCCUGUCACCCAAUGCUACCGUAUCUCAGCCCAGGGCGCCAACUCCGCUGUCGAGGAUGGUGCUGUUUUAGGCCUGAUAUUGGGUCACUUGAGAUCGAAAGACCAGUUACCUAAAGCCUUGAAGAUGUACGAAGACUUGCGCAAGUCCCGGGGCGACGCUAUCGUCAAGGAAACUUUCAAGCAGCGAGACUCCUUUCACAUGGCAGAUGGCCCAGACCAGGAAGCGCGAGACAAGAUCUUCCUGUCGCAGCUCGGCAAAUCGCAGCUUCAAGGGCCCUUCCCUAGCAAAUGGACUUGUCCCCAAGUUCAACCGUGGCUUUAUGGUUAUGAUGCUUUUGAUAUAGUAGAGAAAGCGGUUCUGAAGGAUCCAUUCAUGUUGGAUAGUACGCUAUAG